CGCAACAUUAUGGAUUGCCAAAAUUUAGUUUUGAUUGCCCCCGGGGUGGUUGUCUUGUACAUAUGUGCAGGUCUCAUUGUAUCCUCAAUUGAAGCGCAUCAAUUCAUGCGUGCGAAAGGUUGCCUUCCUCCAGCAAAAGUCCCACAGGCAGAGCGCAUCAUCGGGUACGGACUCUACAAGACUAUUAAGUCUAAGCAAGGCAAAAAAACCAGCCUGGAAGAAGGCUUGAAGCGGACACUUUCAAGCGGUUAUACGGCUUCCGCUGUUGUCAUGGGACAACAUGUCAUUACAACUGCAGAUCCAGAAAACAUCAAAGCGAUACUUGCUACCAACUUCAAAGAUUUCGGUUUGGGUCAAAGAAUCGACGCGUUUGGUCCGUUUCUCGGGAGUGGCAUUUUUACGGCUGACGGCAUACAAUGGCAACAUUCGAGGGCUCUUAUCCGGCCCAGCUUUACCAAAGCACAGUUGGCCCAGCUGGAAACAAUUGAGACCCAUAUCCAAAACUUAUUGGCAAGAAUUCCAACCGACGGCUCAACCGUGGACCUACAGCCGUUGUUCUUUAACUUCACCCUCGAUAGCGCCUCGGAGUUUCUAUUCGGGCACUCGAUUAACUCCCAGCUAGCGCUCGAGGGAUCGGAGUCGCAAGCUUUUUCUCGCGCUUUCGACAUGGCCCAAGCACACUUACUGAUCCGUGUCCGGAUAGGUCGGUUCAGAGCUCUGCUGCGCGAGACCAAGUUCCGAGAUGCUUGUAAGAUUGUUCACGGGUUUGCGGACAAAUACAUUGCACAGGCACUUGAGCGACCCCCUGAAACCGCGAAGCUGGAGCGCUACAAUCUUCUCAACGAGCUGGUCAAAGAAACCACAGAUCCCACGCAGUUGCGCAAUGAGCUGCUUAGCGUCAUGCUGGCUGCACGAGACACGACAGCAAGCCUGCUAAGCAGUGUCUUUCACGCAUUGGCGAGAAAUCCCAGAGUAUGGCACAAGCUCAGGGAAGAAGUCGACGCUUUGGGAGGAUCGCUCCCCGAUUACACAGCGCUGAAGGACAUGCAGUACCUGAAGAGCGUCUUGAACGAGACCCUCCGAUUAUUUCCUCCCGUCCCAGUCAACAUAAGAUAUGCUACAACGCACACGACGCUUCCAUGUGGCGGCGGUGCAGAUGGUAAGGCUCCUGCAUUUGUUCCCAAGGGGACAAUGAUGCACUUUUCGGUUUAUUCCAUUCACCGACUGCCGGCUGUGUACGGACCAAAUGCGAACGACUUUUUCCCAGAGCGCUGGGCUGCCGAUGCAGAAGGCGGGCCGCUGCGACCUGGCUGGGCCUUUGUUCCCUUUAACGGUGGACCGAGAAUAUGUGUUGGCCAGCAGCUCGCUUUAACAGAGGCAAGCUACACGAUUGUUCGUUUAAUGCAGACGUUUCGCAAGAUAGAAAAUUGCGAUCCGGGACCAUGGAGAGAGAAGCUAGCCUUAGUACUUACUAGUAGCGAAGGAACGAAGGUUGCACUUAAGUUAUAG